GUCUAUUUUCCAGGGCAUCGAUCAGUGAAGCAAUCCUUUAAACCGACUUUGAUACAAUCCAGUGAACAAAAUGGGUUCAGGUGCUGGAGUAGUCAACUGCUUCAAUGGAUUGCUGUGGCUCCUCAUCCUCUUCUUCUUCAGCUUCUACUUGGCAGGGUUUUGUGCCUGGUGGUACGUCAUAAUUCUGCCAUGCUCUGCCUGCAUCGACUCUUGCACACCGCUAAGUGACAAAUUGCUGAAGGGUGUGCAGUUCCCUUACUUCUGCGCAAAGUGCAUGGUGGCUGGAAAGAGCCUCGGGGAACUCGGAAACUGCUGCAAGUAACUGCGGCAAUUAAUCGUCGUGCCGAUCGGGAUUGACUGCCAAGCACGCAUGCUGUUUGCAAAGAAAUCAUCUCUGCUGGUUUCAAAAUAUUAAAAGAAGAACCACAACAACAAAACGGUGCUCAGCUGUUCGCAGAACCACUCGUACAAAAAGUACACACGCAGCGCUUUGAUUGAAAAUGCUUACUGUUCUUCGAAUGCUGGAUGUGAAGUUAAUGCUCAUCAAUGCACUAACAUCAGGAA